AUGAGCACCACACAACAGCUCCUUGUGCUAGUCUUCAUGGCGGCGACCCUCGCCCACCCUACCAACACCGACCCGAAGCCCAAGAAGAAGAAGCAGAAGAAGGAAAUUACGAAACAGCCCUCGUCGUCCUCCUCGUGGGAGCAGAUCAAGAGCCUCCUGACCUGCAAGCAGGUCGAGGGGGCCAAAGUCCACGACCCCUCGCGACCCAACAUUUAUACCUCCUGCUCCUCCGUUUGUACCUUCCGGGACGUGGUCCACGGCAACACCCGGCGGGUCGUACACCGGGCCGACAACUCACCCGAGAGCAGCUCCUUAGGCCAGGAGGCAAGGCUCCUCAAGAGAGGAGGCCACGUGUCGUCCUCUGUUAGGUCCGCUGCCAGCGGUGCGCCGUACACCGGUGGCAGGGGUAUGCAGCUCAGGAAGCUUUCUGGCUGCUACGAGUGCCACGCAAUUGUUGACCCGACCAGGUAUCCUUUGCCAAGAACAACCAUAUGUGCUUGCUCUGAGUGUGGAGAGGUUUUCCCUAAAAUUGAGAGCUUGGAACAUCAUCAAGCAGUGAGACAUGCAGUGUCAGAGCUGGGUCCCGAGGACUCGAGCCGCAACAUAGUGGAGAUAAUCUUCAAAUCCAGCUGGCUCAAGAAGGACAGCCCCAUCUGCAAGAUCGAACGGAUCCUGAAGGUCCACAACACCCAGCGCAAGAUCCAACGGUUCGAGGACUACCGCGACGCCGUGAAGACCCGCGCCGGCGGCAACGCCGCCAAGCGUGACGCCAGGUGCGCCGCCGACGGGAACGAGCUCCUCCGCUUCCACUGCGCCACCCUCGCGUGCUCGCUCGGCGCCCGGGGCUCUUCCAGCCUGUGCGGCGCCGCGCCGGCCUGCGGCGUCUGCGCCACCAUCCGCCACGGGUUCCAGGGCGGCCGCGCCGGCGGGAUCCGGACGACGGCGAGCAGCGGCCGGGCGCACGACUCGCUCGCCGGCGGAUCGGGCACACGCCGCGCCAUGCUCGUGUGCCGCGUGAUCGCGGGGCGAGUGAGGCGCGCGUCGGAUGAAGGGGCGGGCAGCGACGGCGGAUCCGACGGCGCGUACGACUCCGUGGCGGAGAGCACCGGGAUGUACUCGAGCUUGGAGGAGCUGCGCGUGUUCAGCUCCCGGGCAAUUUUGCCGUGCUUUGUCGUGAUUUACAAGGCACUCGAGGGCUGA